GCGUAGCUCCUUCAGUACGAGUACGAGUGCGGUCUUCGACGUAUCCAAAAGCAAACGCGGCUCUUUUUUAAGCGCGUUUUGUAUUAUUCUACUCAUAUAAUUUAUAAUUUGCGUCGCUAUAUGAUUUCUCCUUGUUUCGUAGAACAACAACAACAACAACAAGAAAUAAGUAAACAAACAAGAACAAACGGUAAACAACAGCUGUAAGUAAAGGUGACUGAAACGACGACAGCAACAGCAGCAGCGGAAGCAGUAGCAGCAUCAGCAGCAGCAAGUGCAGCAGCCGGUCCAGUAAAGUGUACCGUUAUACGAAAUUCUUCCAUUUGUCAGCAAAAUUUUAAUUUUGCGUAAAAAUUUCAAAGUUUCAAAAUCCAACAGUCAGCAGCUUGUGUAUGUUGUCAAUCAUUCAUUCAAUCUUCAAGAUUCUUCAAGUUUUGAGUCAUUAAAAAUCACAAAAAAAGAAGCUCCGAACUUCAUUUGGCAACUUUUCAAAGUUUUUUGAAGAAAUUUGUUGCGCUUUGACUGCAUCUCAGUUGGCAUUCUACCAUUGUAUGCAUAUCGCGGCUGUAAAGCUGUAUCCUUUCAAAUCAACAACAACAACACAGCGUGCGGAUUCAAGCAUCAAUUGAGUGAGAUCCUGCAUUUGAAGAUUUCCAGCGUAGAGUUUACAACGUCGAACAGCUGUUCAGCUUACACAUUUGCGGCAAAUAGCGGCUUUGAGGGGCUGCUUGCGUAUACGAUCCACUGAGAAUAAGCAACAGCAUUAAACAAAAGAUUAAACGAAAGAGAGAAGUAAAUCAAUCAUUAGGCGCAAGUGAUAUAUCUACGAAUAUCAAAACAAUCAUAAAGCAAAUGAACAAUUCGUGAACAUUUUUGCACAAAUACUUUUGAAAGAGCAUUACAAAUCGAUACAUUUUCAUAUAUGUAUAUCGAUAAUUAAAUAUUUCAAAAAUAUUUUACGAUAUUUUCCUAGAAGUCAAACAUCUUCGGUUGUUCUUAUAUGAUUUCACGAAGUAGCCAAACCAAGCCAAGUGACUAGCGCAUAAAAAGCAUUGACAUUAAAUAAAAAAAUUAUAUGAGACAGAGAGAGAGAGAGUGUAAGAGAGAGAGAGAGAGAGACAACAAAAUAGCGACCGUGUUUCCUAGUUGUGAAUUCAAAGUGAUUUAAAUUUAUAGAGAAAAAAAAGCGAAGCGAACAUUUUAAAAAAGUAUUAUUUGUACGCCAAAAAGCUAAAAAAAAAGACCAGCACCAGCGAAAGCUCAAUAAAAAGCUGCCAAGCUGUUAAAAGCUGCAGAGUGAUUUGCGCCCGUAAAGGAAGAGUGAAAUUAUAACGGCAGUCAUUAUCAACGCAAUAGAAAAGCAAUUUAGUACGGUAUCAUAAAAACAGUAACAAUAAGAACAACAAAAAAUAAAUAUAUAUUAAAAAAUAAUAACAAAAACAAAAAACAAAAACAAUUUACAUACCAAAUAUACUACUAUCACUACUACAACAACUACUAACUACUACUAUUUCUACUACCAACAACCCAGCAAAGCUUGCGUGCCGCAGACGAAGCAUACGCAGCGUUGCAUUUCCAGCGCGCAAGCUAAACACGAACUGACCACGUACAGUGUUUGCAGUAUUAUUACGUAAAAUAUUUAAAUACCACAAGAAAAAAGAGAAAUUAAUUAAUAAUAAAUUAAAUAAAUAAAUAAACAUUUGUAACGAUUUUUUCGGUGUUUGUGUAUGUUUGUACUUUUCAUAGCGCCUAAAAAUAUACUACAGUACAUAUAGCAUAUUUGAACAUUAAAGAAUUUAUUCCACGAAAAGUACGCAACGAAAGCGUUGAAUGUCUCGGUAGUCAAAUAGGUGUACAAGUUUUCUAUAAAAAACAACAAAAAUAUUACAAAAACAAAAAAGGGAAAAUCAUUGUAUGGAUGUCUAAGAUUUUAAUGGCAUAAAAACGGAACUGAUUUUAUAUAUACAUACAUACAUAUAUAUGUAAUAACAGUUAUACUAGAAAAAAUACUAAAAUAUUUAAAAGAAAAAAAUACUAGAAAACCAAAAAAAAAAGAAACAAUAUUUUAAACACCAAAAAGUGUUGUAAACAAGAUUUUAGACGCAAACGUAAACUUUUUGCAAAACCCAGCGUACUUCCAACGACUACAAAAGACGACGAAUACAGCCACGUUAAAACUGUGUGUGUGAGCGCGCGUAAAAAUCGGUUAACAUUAGCAGCUUAAAAAGGCCAAAUUUAAACUUUUUAAACGAAAAAACAAUAUUUACAAACAAAAAAAAGUGAUUUUCGCACAUUAAAUAAAACGAAGUGAUUUCAGAUUUUUCCAUAUUUUAAAAUAUUUAUAAACACUUUCAAAACUUACUAACAAACCACUGACUUCAUUAAGUACAUAAAUUUCAACUUAUAUGCUUUCUGUUUACUGAGAGAACAGCAAAAAACUGCAUUCAAAUAAACGCAAAUAAGACUUACAGUGAAAAUUGGCAACAUAGCAAGUGUAGUAAGCCAGCGCGCUAAACGAAAGAAAAUCGGCAACAGUGUGAACGGCAGCAAUUGUAAAACUGCAUAACGUACAACCAAAUGAAUUGUAAGCUGUAAGCUGUAACAAGCAGGCAGUGUGUGUGUGUAUGAAAAUUGGCAACGUAGCCACGUAGUAGAGUUGAGUGUUGAGCGAAAGUGCAAAGCGAACAGCCAGUAAAGUGAUUUUAUAUACCAACUAUACAAAGAAAUGAACUUAUUUACUUAAUAAAAAAAUAACAACACAAAUCAACUGAAGUUGAGCAGUACAACGGAAGCAGUGGCGUGCAAAAUAAUUGGGAUUGAUUAUUUCAACGUGAGCGCAAUCGUGCAGUUGUCAAAAAGAGAGUAGAAACUCUGUGAGUUAGCAAAAUCAAGAGAGCGGCGAAAAUAAAUCGAGAUCCAAGCGAAUCUUGCAAAUCAACACCACCAAAGAAAACCAACUAAACUAAAACUAAAGCGAAUAGUAGCAGAGCAAAACAAAUAUCCACAAAAAGGAGCUAACGAAUAAUCAUAUUAAAUUUAUACAAAAAACAACAGUUUAUAACAACAACAAUAUAUAUAUAUAUAUAUAUAUAUAUAUAUAUAUAUAUAAAGAUAUAUAAAUAAAAAACGUGACAUACAAAUACCAAUGUUCCAUAAAGCACCAGCAGAUCAAGAGAGCAACAGCACCAACAGCAGCAGCAGUUAAGAGAGAGAAGAGAUAUAGUAAAGAGAGAAGAACUUAAUAAAAAAAAUAAAAGCAAAUUUUUAAAUAAAAUCUUAGUGAGCGGAGCAUAUAAAUUAUAUAAAAAUAUAAAUAUUGCUGUCUUUUUGCAUUUUUGCAAUUUUAUAAAAAACAAAAACAAAUAAUAAAAAAGCAAAUAUUAUAAUAUAUAUAUAUAUUUAAACCAAAAAAACACUUACAAAGGCGAAUCCAUACACGAACAAUCCUUUGAGAAGCAGAGAUACACACUUAACGAACAUAAAAACAAAAAAAAAAUCAUUAGCAAAAUUUACUCUUUUAACUUAAACAACAACUAACUAAAGAAAAAACCAAAAAAUCAUUGAAAAAUCAAUUUUACUAAAAAACCAAAUUUUAGCGAAAGAAAAUCAUUAAAAACACAUACAAAGAAACGAGCGUAGAACGAUCGUAGUCGAUCUAAAACCCAUACACCAAGCAGCAACGCCGAGCGAAAGCUACCAAAAAAAAAACCAAAAACAAAAACGCACGAAAGCUCAAAGUGGCCACAAGCGAAAGCUCAACGCCAACAAACACAGUGUAAAGUCUUCUAGUCAAAAAAGCAAAAACAAAAACAAAAAAGUAAAUAAAUAAGCAAAGCUAAAACUAUUUGCAAUUUGUGUAAAGAUAAUUUUUAGCGAAAGCUUACUUAAAACUAACUUACAUACUUACUUACUUACUUAAUUUCCAACGGGACUUGUGCAAAGCGCAAUCAAAGCUCUUUAAGAAAUAAAGAAAUAUUUAAAUUAAAUUAAAUUAAAUUUAAGCGACCAUUUAAAACAACAAGCAGUGAGACUAAUUACUAAGCAACAACAACAAAUCAUACAAAUAACAAAACAAAGCAACAAAGCGCUAAGCAGUACAGUUAGCAAGCAGCGAGUAGCGCAAGUGAGAAAGCGAGAAAAGAUCAAAGAUCGAGCAAGUAAACUGCAGCAGAAAGCAGUCGACUAAGAGCACGCGUUCGAGCGCACACAACCGUUGAGAUCGAACUUCAAAAUUACGCCCCAAAAGCAAACAACCACCGCCGUCGUCGCCGCCGCCGCCGCAGCCACAACAGCCGUUAAUAAAAAGUCAACAACACCGCAGCAAGCAGCCGGCAAAAAAAUGACCAACGCCAUGGAUAUCGUGAAGAAUGGCAGCGCCAAUGGCUCCGUUGACGGCAGCUCGGACGAGUCGCGCACCAACUUGAUUGUGAACUAUUUGCCACAGACAAUGACGCAAGAGGAGAUGCGUUCGCUCUUCUCGAGCAUUGGCGAAUUGGAGAGUUGCAAGCUAGUGCGCGACAAAGCCUCAGGUAAUUUGGUGUUGCCAGCUUCGUUGACCGCACUCAAUCCGGCAUUGCAACAAGUCGGCCAAAGCUUGGGCUACGGUUUUGUUAACUAUGUACGCGCCGAGGAUGCUGAGAAGGCCGUUAAUACAUUGAAUGGUUUACGUUUACAGAAUAAAGUGAUUAAAGUAUCAUACGCCCGUCCAAGUUCGGAAUCAAUAAAGGGUGCUAAUUUGUAUGUAUCGGGUCUUCCCAAAAAUCUAUCACAACCAGACUUGGAGGCACUAUUCGCAUCAUAUGGCAAGAUAAUUACAUCUCGUAUACUCUGUGAUAAUAUUUCUGGUCUAUCGAAAGGUGUCGGUUUUAUACGUUUCGACCAACGCAACGAAGCCGAGCGCGCUAUACAGGAAUUAAAUGGCAAAACGCCCAAAGGUUACACCGAACCAAUAACUGUCAAAUUUGCCAAUAAUCCCAGCAAUAGCGCCAAAGCUCAACUCCCACCACCGCUGGCCGCUUAUUUGACACCACAAGCGGCUGCCGCAACGCGUCGUCUUGCUGGCGCACUGCCAUCGGCUGGACGUAUAAGCAUUGGAAAAAGCCCGAUGUUAGCCAUUAACAAGGGUUUACAAAGAUACUCACCAUUGGCCGGUGAUCUCUUGGCCAAUUCCAUUUUGCCCGGUAACGCCAUGACCGGCUCCGGCUGGUGUAUAUUCGUUUACAACCUCGCACCCGAAACGGAGGAGAAUGUCUUGUGGCAGCUGUUCGGCCCAUUCGGUGCCGUACAAUCGGUCAAGGUUAUACGCGAUCUGCAGACGAGCAAAUGCAAGGGUUUCGGCUUUGUGACCAUGACGAAUUACGACGAAGCGGUUGUGGCAAUACAAUCACUCAACGGUUAUACACUGGGCAACCGGGUGUUGCAAGUUAGCUUUAAGACAAAUAAAACCAAAACCGCUUAAGUGAAUUUGGGUGGUGUAGAGCAGAAGAAGAAGAAGAAGAAGAAGGAGAAGCAGAGGAGCAACAGCAAGUAUGUGAAGGAGAAGGAAAGCGGUGGAGCGGUAGUGAGAUAGAAAGCGAGCGUAAGCGCAAGCAAAGCUUUUGUGUGACGCGAGGGAGAGCUUUCACUUGAAAGCUUCAAGUAAAUUUUUAGUGAAAGGCAACAAGAAGAAGAAGUAGAAUGAAAAAUAAGCAUGAACCAGUAAACACCGCAGUUCAACUAAACAACAACAACAACAACAAAAAAGUUAAAAACAUGCAAAAAAAAUAUUUAAAAAAUUUACAUAAAUUAUAUACACAUAUUAUUAUUAUAUAAAACUGAAGCUGUAGUUGUGUGUGCAGAAGAAGCAGCUGAAAGCAUAUUAACUAUACAACAAAAAAAGCAAACGUGUUGAAACAUGAAAUUGAGAUUUACCACUAGUCACACAAAAAUUGAAAAAAAAAAAUUAGUAAAAAUUCUAAGUUGUGCAAAAUUACUUUUAGUUUUGUAGUAUUUAUUGAAAUUCGAAAAUUUGUUAGCGAAAAAUGUGAGCGAGAAAAAUGCGAAAAAUCAUAGCAGAGAAAAAACGUAAAAGAGUAAAGAGAACGGCAUGGCAAAAAGGGAGUAAUAAUGAAAGUGCGCAAUGCGCUUUCUAGGCAAUAUUUUUUUGUGUGUUCAAGCUUAGCCGAAAGUAGUUGAGCGUGAGAGCGAGAGAACAACAGCAGUGAAGCAGUAGCGAAAGCUUUGAAUUAAACAAGUGUGAAAGCUUUUACUUAAAAGUUUGUGAAAGCUUCGACUUAAACGAGUGUAAGAGCUUAUACUUAAAGGAUUGUGAAAGCUUUUAAUUAAAAGAGUGUGACAGCUUUGACAUAAAAGUGUGUGCGGCCAAAAAGCUUAAAAGAGAUUGCAACCAAAAAAAGCGAGCUGAAACGCAAAGCAACGCUGCCACCAAGUACCGUUAAGCUAGAGACUAUCUAUAACUCAAUGGUAAGAAGCGAAAGCACUGCAUUAGCAAGCAACCCAAAUCAACACUGGCACAAAAUAGUUUCAACACAAACAUCAACACUGAAAAUAAUGCAAAAGGCAAAUGUUGAAAAUUCUCAAGAACCUAAAGAAAGCGAAAUAAAAAUGAAAAAAAAAAAUGAUAAACCAAAAUAAUGCAACAAAUAAUUCUCAAACUCAUCGUAUAACUACUUAUACACAUAUAUAGUAUAUAUAUAUAAAUAUAUAUUUAUUACUUAUUAUUAACUAUUAUAAUUAAAUAACUUAAAAUUAUUAUGUGGAAAAUAUUUAAGCAAAAUUUAUUUAAACAAAAUACUUAGUCACACUUGUAAACCCCACUUUUUAAACUAAUUACUUAAUUGUACUUAAUUAAAUUGUAUUUGUAUUUGUAUUUGUCUAUCAUAUAUAUACAUAAACACGCAUAUAUAUAUUAUAUAAAUUUAUGAAUUUUCGUAAUUAAUUAAUUUAUUAAUUUCGUAGUUUCAAAACCAAAAACAAAACCAAAAAAAAUGCUGAGAAAAAACAACAACAACUUAAAAAAUCUAAUUAUUAUAAAUUCAUAUAUUAAUUAUUGCAUGAAACAUAAAUGAUGUGACGAAAAAAAUAAGAGAAAAUAAAAUAAAACAAACAGACAUACACACACACAAAGUCAAGCAACCGAUACGCAUAUUUUACAGCAUAAAACAAAUAUUAAUAUAACAGUAAAAAAACAAAAAAACAAAAAAAAACGUAUCUACAUACAAUACAUAAAUAAAAAAAAAAUACAAAAACAAAAAACAAGCUAUUUGCUAUUAUUAAAUUAAUUAUUAUUAUUAUUAUAAAUUUAUUAAUUGAUAUUGCCAUGAAAUUAACUAAAUAAAUGUGUGAAUUAUUUGAAAUUUUAAAAACCGAGUGCAAAUUACAUCUAAUAUGGCAACCACGCGCACCCCUAGUGGUGCACAACACUGAUUGGCUAACAACAAGUGGUAGUGUGGAGAGUGAGCGAGCGAUUAGCAUAGCAACAGUUAGGUGAAGGCAGACAGUGGGCGCGCUGUGUGUUGAUAGAGAGAAAUAGUGAAGUGGAAAGGCGAGAGCGAGAUGCAGAACAUCAAAUAAAAAGAGAGCGCAUAUGAGAGUGAUAGAAAGAGAGCGAAAAACAGUACAUCAAAUAGAAAAAGAAAGCAACUGAGAGGUAGAGGGGAAAUGAGAGCGCAAACAGUACAUAAAUUAAAAAGAGAGACCGCUUGAUGGGCGAGAGUUGCAUUCUGAUCAGUACUGCAUAUAUUGCAUGUGCAAGGAAGAGCAGAGCAUGACACCAAUUAGUAUAGCAAGAGUGAAGGGGGAGAGAUGGCGGAAAAUAAUACAUUAAAUAAAGAGGGCGAUCAUAUGAGUGAGAGAGACAGUUGCUAUAUGCUGAAAAGAGAAAGAGAGAGAGAGGAAAGAGAUCGACAGUACAUAAAAUUAUAAAAGAGCAUAAUAAUAUAAGAGAGAGAGCUACAGUUUGAUCAUUGAUUUGCAAGAGCAGCGCUUCACUCAAAUUAGUAUAACAACUGAGCGCAGGUAGCAUGGCAAGGCAAACUCUAUUUGAGUAUUGUGAAUGUUAGUAAAGCGAAGCGGUGAAAUAUUUGAAAUAAGUUUAAAGCAAGUGAGAGUGAUUUGAGUGUGAAGUGCACACAGUGUUGGCAACAGGUAAGAGCAAAUAUAAAAAUGGAGGAGGUAGUGAUAAAAUACAGGAGGAGAACUUACUCAAAAGCUACGUGAAUGUCAGAAAGAGAGUAUAAGAAGAAAAAAUAAUGUGGAGAUUUAAUUUAUAAGUGAGUGUAAAGUAUGGAAAAUAGUGAGAUAAAUCGUCUAUAAGAGUUUUUCAUACCAAUCGAGCUCCACAAACGCAAAAUAUGCUCUAAACUUGCAGUUUAAAUGUCGCUCAUACGUGCGAUUCUCUCUUGAAUAUUCUCUUAAACCACCCUCUCUUCAUUUUGUAGAGUGAUUUUUUAGUAAAGUUUCAUUCCCAGAAUUCUCUGAUCUGAUAUGAUUGCUUGAUCGCUUCAGCGAAGUCCCACGUGGAUCAAAUAACAUUGAGCGCAUACAAAGUUUAUGGAAAGCACUCUUAGUGUUUUAAAUUUGUAUUUUAAACAUGUCUGGAUCAUUUCCAUUUCAUAUCGUAUUCUACUGGAACAUAUACGUUAUUUGUAUAAUGAGAGAGCUAAAAAUCUGGUUAGGAUCUGCAUCUGGUGGAUAUAUCUAUUAUAAUCGAUCAGUGGUAGUAUAAUUAACAAAAACAAAUUCGACUACACUUCUGGUGAUACUCGAUCUCUUUCUUGUAUCUCUUCAUCUCUUUUUCGCUCUCUCUCUCCCCUCUCUUUAUCGUUGAUAUGAGUUGGCGUGUUUUUAGCUUGCAGAUAAUUUCUUGGGUUUUAGUGUUGUGUUGAGAGCUUUCAUAAUUUAUACAUACACACACACUUGACUUCUCUCACUCUACACUAUGCAACACAAAUAUUUAUAGUUAAUUAAGAGCGAUCAAUGUUUUACAAUAAAAAAUAAUCAGUAAUUUUAAUUCAAAUUUAAUAUAUUAAAAUAAACUAAAUAAAUAGUCAAAAGAUAUGUAUGAAUGUUUUCCGUAUACUAUAGAUUCUUUUAGUUGUCACUUCACGCUUACUAAUCAAGUAAUUAAGUAGUAGAAAUGUGUAUGAAAAAGUUGAAAAUUUUAUAUAAAAAAUUAUUAAAAAAAACUCAAAUCAAUGUUAUAACAAAAUAAGAGUGCGCAAUGUGUAAGAAGAGAGAACAAAGAGAGCACUAAAAAGAAAAUUGAAGCGCUAAAAAAAUAAAUUAAAAUUAUUCGUUCAAAUAAGUGAGUAUAGAUUAUUAAUUAGCAUUAUUAAGUGAAAUUAAAAAAAAUAUUAAAUUUAUUACGCGAAGUAUGACGUUGUAACCGAAAGGAAGUCAAAACUAAAACACCAACUUUGAAUAUUAUAAAGAAUUUUUUAAAAGGUACUUAUAUAGUGAAAUUUAAUAAAAAAAAAAAUUAAUAAGAAAAAUUCACAAAAAAAAAAAAUAAGGAAAGAGCGCUGCAAGCAGUUAGUGAGUGAGAGUACGCAAAUGAAUGAAGAGUAAGAGCAAAGAGCGGGAACUGUAAAGAGAUUAAAGAGAGAAUGGUAAUAAGAGUACUAAGAACAGUAAAGAGAGAGUAUAUGAUCGACAGGAAAAGAAGAAGGAAAUAUAAAGAGAAGUAAAAACAAAGAACCAUAACAGAAUGGAAAGAUCAGCAAGGCGAAUUGAGAGGGAGAAUACCGAAUUGAGAAAACUAACUGCAAAGGAUUGUGCAAAGAACUGAAAAGUGAAAACAUACAUUUAAAAUCAAAAGAGGCGUGAAAUGUGAAAGGCAUUUAAAAACAAAAACCAAAAAUAACAACAAAGACGUAUUUAGAAUAUGACAUUUUUUAUAAAAAAAUAGCUAGAAGAAAGAGAGAGAGUAGUAAGAAAAGAACGAUGCAGGACAGAGAGAAGUAAAAUGAAGGAGAUUGCGUGUAAAAUAAAGCAGAGAGCUAAAGGAUGGAAAGAGAAAAAACGCGUUAGCUGCGUGGAAGGAGAGUGCGAGAGAGAACGUAGUAUACCGAAAGUAGAAGGAGAGCGUGUUGUAGAAAAGGUAGUUACAAACAGGCGGGCGAUUGCAAUAAGAAAAUAUUAAAAUAGUGAAAACUAAGAAAAAUCGAAUCUAAACAACUAAUGGCAAUAUUUUCGGAGGUUGAGGCAUUUCAUAGAAAAAAAUUUCAUAUGCAAAAACGAAAAGUACUAAUCACUUGAAGCGCAAUACAUAAUAGAAGUAUUCAAAUGAAAAUGUAUACAAAAUAAGCCAAAUUUUUGUAAAAGCAAUUGUGCUAAUAAACGCAAUAGAAGUACGUAGCUGUAAUGCAUGAAAUUUGUCAGCAAUGCAUUGAAGAGCACGAACUGAAAUGUGGCAACAGUGCAACUAUAAGCAAUUGAUCAAAUGGCUAAAAAAGCGAAAAUGGUAACAGCAAACGAUCAACACAAGUGAGCUGACAGAGCGUGUGUGGCUUAAAGAGUUGUUGUGGUUAAGCAAGCGGCGCAAGGAGGUGAGGGAGGAGUGUGGAAAUCCGGAUUUAUGGAAAAUGAAGCUGGAUAAUGCAGAGGCGGGUGAGGAAAUGUUGAAGUGAUCUCAAAUGUAGCAAGUUGGACGAUCAAUGUGGGAGAACGUGGUGAGAAUUAAAAGAGAGUGAGCAAGAGCGAGAGAGACACUUUUUAAGAGCGAGAUGGUUUGUAACUUGGCUAAAAACGAUUGAAAUGGUGUGUGUCUUGGCUUAACUGCUACUUAACUACCAUCUCGUCAACUACAACUCGUCAGCUCACCGCAAUUCAGCCGUACAAUCGACAGCCACAUGCAUAUAAACAAGUACACCUAUAACAAAGCACUACACUGCGCUUGUGUAAUGCGUAAGCAAUGCGCUCAUUUAGGUGCUAAACGCUUUACAUAGCACAAAUGCGUUUUUUAAUAAUAAAAAAAAGAGCUCACUAAUCACACAUUCAUCUACAUUAUAACAGAUUAUCACGAAAUUUACAUGCAUGUAUUUUAUGUAAUCAAUGUUGAAAUAGUAACGAAUUGCAAACGAUAAGAUAUUUAUCAUCAACAACAAUAAAAAAAUAACAACAAUACAUACUAAUAUAUAAUAAUUGAUAUAUAAUUGUUUACAAAAAAGAAAAAUAAAAGCAAAAAUUCAUAAAAAUAAUAAUGAAAUCACUCUCAUACCCAUACGCACAUAAGAAAAUGUUAAUCACAGCAUGAAACGGGUUAAAGAUUAUUCACAAAAAAAUAUAUUCGUAUAAAUGUCAUAAACCAUUUGAUGUGCUAAACACUUCUACGAGAGCGAGCAGAAAUGCCAAUGUGUAAAUCCAAACUAAUCAUUUACCAUAAAAAACUAAUGUUAAAACUCAAAGCUCAGCAGUAGAAAUGCAAAAAAUGUGUGUAGACUCGCAGAAAACCGCUUAUAAAAAAUGUUUUACCCAUGUCAGUUAAAUAUAUCGUAUAACUGUGUGUUUAACAACUUAGUAGCAAAAACAAAAACAAAAAUAAUUGUUAUUCAUAAUUGUAAAGAAACGCACACGCCAAAAUAAACAAUAUUAUAAAGUGUGUGUCUUGGAUAAAGGUAUGUGAAUUGGCUAAUACAUAUGAGAGAGAGAGCUAGAGAAAGAGAGAGAGAGCGAUAGUGAAGGAGAUCGAGAAGAAAGGACGAUAGAAUUACGUGUUUUUAAUUAAGAGAGGAUAGAGGAAGCCACUUGAGGAAGAGCGAUAGUGAAAGAGAAGGAGAAAAAGGAGAGACAGAGACGUGGUUUAAGUAAAGAGAGGAAGUCAUUUGCAGAAGAGUAAAGAGUAUAUAUGUCGGUUAGGGCUGAAGAAGUGGCAGAAAUGUUGGAAGAAAGAUAUAUAUGUGACAGUAGCUUAGGAAGAAUGAGAGAGAUGGUUUGACGAGAUAAUGGCAAUAAGCUUUAGUUUCCUACAAAUACGUGGAGAAGCAAAAAACAAGGAAGAGUGAAAGGAUGGAUGAAGAGAAUAUAAUUAAAAAAGAAAGAGGGGUAAAGUGGUGAAAAUUCAAAUAAGAAAGAGAAGUGGAAUUGGAGGAAGUUGUGUAGAAAGCAUAUAGAAAGAAAGAUACUUGAAUUCCUAAGUUGUGAGAGAGGAAAGCAUACAAAAGAAGGAAAAUAAAUGAAAAGAGUUGAAAAAGAACUGGGGAAAGCUUGAAGAGCACUAGAAGAGUUGAAAAAUAACUGGAAAGAGCUUUAAGAGUACUGGAAAGAGCUGAAAAAGAACUGGAGAAAGCUUGAAGAGCACUAGAAGAGUUGAAAAAUAACUGGAAAGAGCUUUAAGAGUACUGAAAAGAGCUGAAAAAGAACUGGAGAAAGCUUGAAGAGCAUUAAAAGAGUUGAAAAAUAACUGGAAAGAGCUUUAAGAGAACUGGAAAGGGCUGAGAAAGAACUGGAAGGUGCUUGAAAGAAGCUGGAAAGAGCUUUAAGAGAACUUGAAAGGGCUGAGAAAGAACUGGAAGGGGUUGAAAGAACUUAACAAAUAUUGGAUUGCUGUAAAAAAGUGAUAAAAGGGGUAAUGUGUAGAAAAGGAACGCAAAACAAGUCGUGCGGUCAGUGAGAAUUGUAAGAAGACGGUGUGUCACUGAGCAAAUGUAUUGUAGGAGUAAUCACGAAAGGUUUCAGUGUCGUUUUUCAACUAGCGGACAUCAUUUGAGCUGCUUUAAAAUACAGUUGGCUAACUUAGUAUAUAAAAAACAAGCGCAUUUACUUAAAAAUAAAUACAAGCAAACAACGAAAUCAAAGGAGCUUCUUGCCAACUGCGUUAAAGAGCGGGGGAAAAGAUUAAAAAACAGAAACUAGAAGAAAAACCUAGAAGAUAAAAUAGGUGGAGAGGAGGAAAUUAAGGAAGAACAUGGAGCUUUGCUGCUUUGAAAAUAGGUUGGGUGGCGAGCGCUCACUUUCUCUCUCUCUCUUUCUCUCUAAAAGUUAGUUCAGUUCUAAACCAAAAGUGAGAGCAAGAAUGUGAGUUUUAGAAGAAACUUAAUAUUUAUUUAACUGGCUCUGCAGUUUCUUGCUGAGAGCUUUAUGUAUUUUCAUGAGAUUUUAGUCAUUUACAGCAGUGUGGUCCAACGAUAAUUAGUUAGAUUCCACUGUAAAGAUUCCAAUUUAUAUUUAUGAAUGUUCGAAAUAUUCUAGCUUCUUUAAAAUACCAGCGUUCUUCAAACUUACUCGCAUAAGCAACUCUGCGUUUUAGCCAAGACACAUACCACGCAUUCAACGCAUGCGCCCAAGACACAUGCCAACUUCUACUACCUACAAUGUGCAACAACUAACAUACUAAAUCACUCAAGCCACAGGCAAACUGAAGAGGUUAGCGCAAAUUUUUUAAACAAUAUAAAAAAAUUAAGUAAAAAAUAACAGAUUUUAAGCAAAAAUAUUCAUAUUUUAAUGUGCAAAAACAAAAUGAAACACAAGCAACAAGUAAAUUAAUGAAUGUUAUUAAGCGGUUAAAACUAGUAGCAAAGUGUCAGAAAUGAGUGUAAAACAUUAGCGACAAGCCACGAAAAUUGCAUUUAAACAAAAUAAAAUAAAAGUGGAGUCAAUAUUUAAGUGUGGCCAAAGCAAAAGCACAUAUGAUUGUAUAUGAAGUAGAAGUACUAAAAAAUCAUUUCAAAACCCGUAAAAUAUACCGUACCAUAAACUAACUGUACUGAAAUCGACACCAAAAAAUCCCACUUAGCAAAAAUUCACACUCGUACUGAAACAGUCAGCGCAAAAAAUGCCGAAAAAUAGUUGAAAAAACAUAAAAAAAAUUGACUUCAAAUACUACAAUUACUACUACUAUUUUACAAACGCAGUACAUAGCAACCCACAAAGCGUAGCAGAAUUUCAGAAUUUAUAUAGUGCAAAAAAAAAGAAAAGAAAACCAAAUUAGUAAAAAAAUCAGCAAUUUUUUCAAAUGUUAUAGCAUGCGUGUUGCACGCACGUAAAUUUUCGUAAAAACCCAGAUGAUGAAAUCAGCUUCCAAAAUUUUUAAGAUACUAGUCACAUAAGUGUUUAAUAUUAGUAGCAAAAAGCAAAGCAUAUUGAAAAUUUAAAUUAUAUAACAGUAAAUGUGGUAGUGAUGCGGUAGAAAAAAAGCAUACAAAAACUAUAUACCGUUAGUUUGGUUAGACGCCAACAAUUUUUUUGAAAAAAAUAAAAGAAAAAAUAUACAUUGUCAUAUAUAUAUAUAAUCGUAUAAACAACAACAAUUUUCCAAAAUAAAAACACUGAUUUUUCAAAUAUAUAUAUAUAUAGAGAAUUUUUACGCAUAAAUAUAUAUAUAUAUAUAAAUAGAUAUCUAGAUACAUAUAUAUAUGAAACGUAUUAAAUGUGAAAGACACCACGGCAAAUAUUUGGGAUCAUUAAAUAUAAGAGAUUAUUGAGAUUAAACACUUAAGUUGGACGAAGUUUGUGUCUGAGAGAUCGUGAGGAGAUCGCGCAAAAUUGGAAGCGCCGUAAAUUGUGUGCGUUGCGUGAGAGUGGCGUGCCAAUUUAUGAAACCAGCAAUUUUGCGCGUUGAAGUCGAAGAAAAUAUAUGAAAAAAAUAUACAUUAAAAUUAAGCGAAAAAAGUACAGUUAAAAUAAUAAAAAAUAAAACAAAAUAUUAAAAAAAAAAUAUAUAUAUGAAAAAAUAUUGAAAAACUAAAUUUGUAGUAGCAAACGCAUAUCGCAUGCGAUUUAACAAAACCAUUAACUAUCAACUAUGAUUUACUCGCAUAAACAUACUUACAAAACUAGUUUCAUGUUUCUCUUAAAUGUUCAAAAAAGCAAAAACAAAAAACCAACAAAAUACAAAAGUAAAUUGCAAAAAUAAAACAAAAAAAAAAUCAUAAUUAUAAUUAUUAAAAAUAAAUAAUAGCUAUGAAACAGCUGGCAACACUAUGCGAAAUGGCAAAUGCAUUAUUAUUACAAUUACAAUUACCUAAAUGUCACAUAAAUACAUACAAACGCAUAGAGAUACAUAUAUAUAUAUAUAUAUACAAUACAUAUAUACAUGUUUAAUGUGUAUUUAUAACGGUACUUGUACUAGUAUUUGUGUUCCCCGCCCACAAAAAAAACAAAUAAACAAAAACAAAGCAACAAAGUAGAAAUGCAAAACGCAGUAAUUAACAAAGAAUAAUUGGGUGCUUAGAAAAUAUUUCAUUAUGUAAUUAAAAAGCGAAACUCUCUUAACUGACUGCUGAGAGCGUGCGCGAAACAGCGCCAAACAUGGAUGAGCUAAGAAAGCUGAGUGUUGGUUAGAAGAACUAAAAAAAUAUGUGGAAUAUUGUCACAAAAGGCAUGCUGAACAAUUGUUUUGCACACGAGUGUAGCUGGCAGACAUAUGAAAUGUAGCGUAAAAUGCUGGAAAACACGAGCGACAUGCAAAAUUAGUGUUUGCCAGCAUCGAAAUGGCAAAAAAUGCAAGCGAUUACUUUUCCAUUACUUUAUGAUUACUUGAAUUUUAUUAUACUAACGGAAUAUUGUCAUUGUAUGUUUGCUAAGGAGUAGCAUACCACAAAUUACGUUAAAUUAUUAAGUAAUUGUAUUGAAUUACAAGCGAUUACUUUUCCAUUACUUUAUGAUUACUUCAAUUUUAUUGUACUAACCGAAUAUUGUCAAACUUAAAGUUGUUGUAUGUUUGCUAAAUAAAAGCAUACAACAAAUUACGCUAAAUUAUUCAGUAAUUGUAUUGAAUUACCACUAAUUUCUUAAGUAAUUAACUAAGUAAUUAUAUAUGAAAUGCGUGCAUUAGUGUUUAAUUAUUUGUGUUUAGCUUUUAUGUGCGUAUAAUAUUAAUGAAAAUACAUAAGUAGUAGCUAUGAAUUAUAACUUUGCUCCAUUGUAAUGCAUUACUCUAACCAAUAUACUUUAAAUAUAUUUAUAUCGUAAUUAAUUGCAAUUUACUCUAAUUGUGUAUACAUAAUUGUUAAUAAUUUAAGAAAUAUAUAUUUUUAAUCAGCUGAAAAUGAAGCAUUGCUUGCUGUCAUUACAUAGGCACAAGCAUUACAUUACAUUUUGUAAUGCUCUGGUAAUGUUAAUGCUUUUUCGACUCAGCUUACAAUUAAAUUGUAAUUACUUUGUUUAUAAAAUAUUCACACAUAGAUAUUACUUUCAAUUUAAUCCAAAUAUUUGUGUAUUUAUCUCAAUUACAUAUUAAUUAACACAUUACCAAAUAAAUUACAAGUAAUUAGAAACUAACCAACCAACAUAAAUACCAGCAAAAAUGUAUUGAAUGCCACACUUAGAUACAUAUAUAAACGAAUGCAACAGUUGGUCACAAAUAUGACUUAAAGCAACAAGUAAUUAAACUAAAGUAAUGCAAGUAAUAGAAAGUAAUUAUAUGGAUAUUUGUUAAUGGAAUAAUAGAUGUGAACUUAAAGUAAAAGCAAAACAGUUACACAGAUGACUAAAGAGGUGGAUGAUGGUAAAUCUAAGGAGAAUACACUACUGCGAAACGUAGUAAAGUGAGAAGGAGAAAACGAGAAAGAGAGUGAGGAAUUACAAACAAGCAGAGUAAGAUAGGCAAGCAGAGUAACAAAUACUGACCAAAGAGCAUGUGGUUGGCUGGGCUUUAAGAGAGAUGCGGGCGAAAAGUGGAGACCUAUAGAUCAAGAAGGAGAAGAAGAAGAAGUGUAGUCAGUAGAAUGGCUAACACUUGCUCUUACGCAAGCCUCUCUCAACUCUCAAGCCAAAACUAACAAAACUAUGCGCUCUUCAAGUGACUAGUGACUAGUUUGUAGCUGAAGAUCACUUAACCGAACAAAACAAAGAAGUUGUGAGCAACAUAGACGCAUAUAUACAUACAACUAGAAGAGACAUACACACGCACACUCAUACAUAAGCACAGAUACACACGGAAACUACAAAUACAUAUAUACAAUAUAUAGAA